AUGGCUCGUCAAUUGGCCGCAAUUCUGGCUGCUGCUCUUGCUUUUAGUGGUGUUAGCGCUGGACCUUGCAAGCCUGUUUCUUCACUCUCCCUGUCGUCUACAGUUCUUGUCGAGACGACUACAACUACGGCUUCUCACGAGACUUCCUCGUUUACAAUCACUGCCGGGGUGACUGAGACUAGUGGUACUUUCGAGACCACAAUCACCGACGCUACCACUGGCACUACUGCUACCACGGAUGCUAUCGACACUACCAUUACCGAGAGCGCUACGGACACUACGACGGCCGGAUCUAUCACCACUUUCUUGACUACUACUACCACCGAAGAAACUCCCCAGCAGUCUACCACCACCACUGCUGGUCCCGUUGGACCAGGUCCUUGCAUUGAAGAGCAGGUCCUUUACAACCCCAGCUUCGAUGAUAACAGCGAUGCUUGGCCAUGGGACUUUGACAGCAGUGUCACCGUCGAUACAGUGCAGCCGCGUUCCCCCUCCAACCUCCUAUUGAGUUACGUCACUUCGGACAGUCCAUCCACCAUGUUCUCUCAAGCUCUCCCUGCGUUGGGAGACUAUGAAUACGAGUUGGUCUACUACAUCGCCAUGGGCAAUUAUGCGAUCAAUAACUUUGACUUCCGCUGCUAUGCUACCACAUUCGUCAACGGAAAAAAGAUGGGGGAUAGCAGUAACUUCGAUGGAAAUGGCCCCUUCACAUGGCAGCGAGUUAGCGAGGUCUUGACGCCACAGAACUCCGAUGAUGCUGGGGAAUUGCGUUUCGAGAUCCAGUGCGAAGGCGGAUUCCGGUAUGCUUACAUGCGUGUUGAUGAUGUCAGUCUCACUCGUCGUUGCGGUGCAUGA